GAAUCCAGACGUGGGGUUGUUGUGCUUGUUGGCUUGUUGUGUUGGAGCUGGGAACUUCGCCCGAAAGUGAGUGAAUUUGCAAACUAUUGCAUUUACUCCUCAAUGAUUUGAAUCUCUAAUAGAUAGGAAGCAGCCGCUGCGUGAGAGUUGGAGCAGCAUUAGAAUCCUUUUGCUUGGCUCAGGUAGACAGCUUCACGAUGACUUCUGCACCACCUCUGAGCUUUUUCGUUCGAGGACCGGAAGGGCUCUCUUUGCUGCUCGGGCCACCUUUUGAUGGUGAAGUGGGAAAAAAAAUCGAAAAAUUCUCAUGCUCAGCCGCAAAGUUUACUUCAGAUGGGAGCAAGUUGGCUGUGACAACAUCAGAAGCUGUGGUGAUUUAUGACGCCAACAGCUGCAAAGAAGUCUUGAAACUCCCUAUGCCUGGAGCAACUGCGACUGCCUUUUCUCCACUCGGUACCUACUUGCAAACUUUCCAGAAGCCAACAGGACAAGAAAAGAAUUUAACUCUUUGGGAUCUGAAGACGGGUUCCAUCGCUUUUCAGCUCUUUCAAAAAACUCAAUCGAAAUCCAACUGGCCUGCUAUUCAGUUCAGUGACGAUGAGACAUUGGCGUGUCGCCUGGUCACCAAUGAGGUGCACUUCUAUGAUGGGAAGGAUUUUCAGAAAGGAAUAAUCGAUAAAUUGCGGGUACCAGGAAUUGCUGGUGCUCAGCUUUCACACGCUCCUGGUUCACAUAUCGCCGCCUACGUGCCUGAAAUAAAGGGGGCACCAGCCAGUGCACGAAUUUAUAAAGUAUCCGACGUAAGCCAGGGUGAGCCUCUGGCUCGUCGAAGUUUUUUCAAGUCAAACACUGCCCAACUUAUCUGGAAUAAAGGAUCAACAGGGCUAUUAGUACUGGCGACAUCCGAUGUGGACAAGACCAAUCAGAGCUACUAUGGAGAAACUCGACUGCACUUCCUCACAACGAAUGGGAAGCAUGAAGGGUCAGUUCCUUUAAAUAAGGAUGGCCCAAUUCACGAUGUUCAGUGGUCUCCAAGUGGUGAAGAGUUUAUCGUCGUUUACGGAUUCAUGCCAGCCAGAAUAACACUGUUCAAUAAGGAGUGUAAGUCGCUUUUUGACUUCGGAAGUGGACCUUACAACACUGUUCGUUGGAAUCCUCAUGGACACUUUAUUUGUUUUGCAGGAUUUGGUAAUCUUCCGGGAGAUAUGGCUUUCUGGGAUCGGCAAACAUUAAAGCUUCUCGGCUCUACGAAAGCUGCUUGUUCUGUGACAAGCGAAUGGUCUGCUGAUGGACGGUACUUCAUGACGGCCACAACAGCUCCUCGUCUGCAAGUAGAUAACGGGAUCAAAUUUUUCAAAUAUGACGGUAAACUGUACCACGAAAUGAAAUUUGACAAGUUGUACCAGGCCGAGUGGCAACCUGCUGCUGUUGAGUUAUAUCCGGAGAGACCUCCAUCUCCUAACAGCAGAGUUGUUGAGAAGAAGCAAGAAUCGAAACCAGUACAACCAGCAAAGCCAACUGCUUAUCGUCCACCUAAUGCAAGCAAUUCGGCGGCAGUCAAGGCUCAGUUAUUUGGAGAAGAAGAAAAACCUCCCGGAGGAAGUUUGAGUAAAAGUGCUAUGAAGAAUCGGAGAAGGAGGGCUAGUAAACAAAAAGAAUCAUCUAACGAUGAUAAUUAGCAUUCUCUAAACCUUAAUUCACCCGGAUUAGAAUUCAUUCGGGUUCUCCAUUAGAUUACAUUUCACAAAUUUCAAGCAUAUUUAAUUCUAUCAUUAUAUCCAUCAUCUUCAUAUUUGAUUUUCGAAAUUAUAUCAAACUCGUUAUGAAUGAUGGAAAUGAAUAUAAUUUUUACUUUCAGGUGG